AUGUUAAUAUACAGAUUAAACCAACAAAACACAAAAUAUAGGGUAAUAAAUUCAUUUAGAAAAGCUCUCAUACAAAAAACAUUAUUUAUUGUUAAUCACCAACGCUAUUUUUCAUAUUGUCAUAUUUUAAAAGACCAAAAUUCAGAAAAAACUACACAUUUUGGUUUUAAAGAGAUUCCAGAAUCAGAAAAAGAAAAACUUGUUCAAAAUGUUUUUACAUCUGUUGCUUCUUCAUAUGAUAAAAUGAAUGAUAUUAUGUCUUUGGGUAUUCAUAGGCUCUGGAAAAAUGAAUUUGUUCAAAGAUUAGAUCCUGGUGCAUUAAACGGUGAGCCAAUGAACCUUUUAGAUGUAGCUGGAGGGACGGGGGAUAUUGCAUUUCGGUUAUUAGAUCAUGCUACAGACAUCCAUUUUGAUAUAAAAACGAAAGUAAAAUGUGUAGAUUUAAAUACAGAAAUGCUAGAAAUUGGAAAGAAAAGACUUGAAAAUAGUCGGUACAAAUAUUCCAAAAGAAUAGACUUUUUCAAACAAAAUGCAGAAAAUCUAAUAGAUAUUCCAUCAUCAUCCAUCGACAUUUAUACAAUUGCAUUUGGCAUUCGAAACUGUACUCAAAUUAUGAAUGUUCUGAAAGAGGCAUAUCGUGUACUAAAACCCAGUGGUAUUUUCAGCUGUUUAGAAUUCUCGAAAAUAUCCUUAGCACCUUUAGAAACAAUAUAUAAUUACUAUACAUUCAACAUCGUGCCAAUAAUGGGCCAUAUAGUAACAGGUGAUAGAGAUAGCUAUCAAUAUCUUGCAGAAUCAAUUGCAAAACAUCUUGAUCAAAAAACGUUUUCCAAAAUGAUGAAAGAUGCAGGAUUCAAACUAGUAGGUGAUGGUUAUCAUAACCUUUCUUUCGGAAUUGCUGCUAUACACACUGGUAUUAAGUUAUAG